UAGCAAUGCUGCUUUCACAUGGACUCCUCCUGCCAGCCUGGGGAGGUGCCUGAAUCCCUGUAAUCAGCGAAGGAUGUGUAGCCGCAUAUCCCACUUCUAAGAGAACAAAACUCCACAACUGGAUAAGUUCCCAUCACAACUGCUGGACUGCUCACACGGCCGCCUUGCACUUCUGCUGGACAGAGAACUGCAUUACCAUGCUGGACUCCCUGAUAAUGGCAGAGAUAUGCUGCUUUUCUGAAGAAGUAUAGCUUUUACCAUAAAAAUGGUCACAUUCCAGGUCACACUGAAGAUUCAAUUCAGAGAUGGCUUUAAUUCUCCAUAAUACUAGGACAUGUCCAAGUGUGCUAAAGGAAUGAGUCUAAAUAAUACUGGCACUUCAUUUUUGCAGAUAAGGUGGUUAAGGAUGCCGCCAGUUAAUAUGCCAACAACAGUCUAGCUUGCUUGUCAGAUUAAACAUUGGACCAGUGUCUGCGGGAGUGAUGGUCUUAUUCUAAACAUAUUGAAGCGGCUCUGAAUCUUUCAGUUUGAGAAUGAAAGCUGGAAUUACCUCCCUGCUUCUCCUCCUUGCCAUUACUUUGUGCUCAUCUAUUAGUCACAGCAAUGAGGAGAUUGUACACACUGCACAGACUUAUCUUAUGAAAUAUGGCUACCUUAAAGAAGAACAAUGGGACUACAGUGAAGCACAGCUUGCAGUGGCAAUAAGAGACUUCCAGCAAUCAUCGCACCUUCCAGUCACUGGAGACCUGGAUGAAGCCACACUACACCAGAUGCACUUACCACGGUGUGGAAUGAAAGAUAAUAGCGAAACAAAACGGCUGUUUAAUAGACCACUUUAUGUGAACCAGCGCAGGAAACGCUAUGCAACAAAAAGUAAAUGGUACAAACAUCAACUCACCUAUCAGAUAGUGAACUGGCCAUGGUACCUGUCUCAGCAUCAGGUGAGGCAGGCAGUUAAAGCAGCUUUUGAGAUGUGGAGUAAUGUGUCCUCGCUGACCUUCUCCGAGGUAGUAGGAGGCCCAGGGAACAUUCGUCUGGCGUUCUUCGAUGGAGAGCACAAUGAUGGAGCUAGACAUGCAUUUGAUGGACCAGGUGGUGCUCUGGCUCAUGCCUUUUUUCCAAGAAGAGGAGAAGCUCACUUUGACAAUGCUGAACACUGGUCAUUGAAUGGGAAGGGCAGAAAUCUUUUUGUUGUCCUGGCACAUGAAAUUGGGCACACACUUGGGCUUCAGCAUUCACCCUUCAAAAAUGCCCUUAUGUCUCCAUACUACAAGAAACUAGGCAGAGAAUAUCUGCUGAAUUUUGAUGAUAUCUUUGCCAUUCAAAAUCUCUAUGGGUCGCCCUCAAGUGGCAGAUUGGUGCAGCUUCCAGGAAAACAGUUUGCCAUGUUUGAAGACUGGAGUGAAGAAAAGAAAGGAGUCACAGAUGGUGCAGUCAAACCAUAUUACUGCCAGUCCAUAUUUGACGCUGUCACUUGGGACUUGAAACAAACAUUGUACAUCUUCAAAGGCCGACACUACUGGAUGGUGACUCUGGAUGGGAAUGUCUCAGAGCCACAGCUCACACAGCAGAGGUGGAAGAGACUACCGGCAUUUGUUGAAGCUGCAGCAGUGUCAGGAUCAGAUGGAAAAUUCUACUUUUUUAAAGGUGGGAGAUGCUGGAGAUACAAAGGUUCUAUACUAGAGGCUGGUUUUCCUCAAAAGUGUAGCGAAAAUGGUUUCCCACGACAUCCUGACACAGCUCUAUAUUUUCAGCCACUUGGACAUUUAGUCGUUUUCAAAGGAGAAAAGUACUAUGUGAUUAAUGAGGAAUCCAUGACGGUGGAGCCUUACUAUCCCCGCAGCAUACAGGAUUGGAAAGGCGUUCCACCCAGUGCUAAUGCAGCACUGACUCAUCCAAAUGGCAUAGUCUAUUUUUUUAAAGGUGAAAAAUUCUGGAUAUUUGACCCGGACACUCUGAGAGUAACUGCUUCUGGGAAGUGGGUUCAAGACUUAUCUUGGCUUAACUGUCAAACUUCUUGACGUCUUAAUGCAAUAAAUGUUAAAUAUUA